UUGUUAGCUAGUGUAACAUAUGAGAUCUAAAUAUUACGAUUAAGCUAAAACACUCAAUUGUAAUUACUCUCGUUUGUACGUAGGUAGAGAUGAGCCGAUGGGUGUAUGUUCGUGUGUGUGUGCUUAUUUGGGCAACCUAACCACAAGACGAGUUUCAGUUUGGGUUUGACAACGAACAACCACGGACGUCUUGUCAUCUCUACGCUCGUACUAACGCAUAAACGAAAGAAAAUAAAUAAAAAGGAGCGGACAAUUGAGGAUUGAUUUUUAAUAAACUGUAAACGGCGAUACUACAUCAGAAGUGGUUGUUACCCAUAAUUGAAUAAAUAAAAAUUUGUUUUCAAAGUUCAAAUUAAAAAUGGAAGACCAACAACAUAAUCUCGGUACAAAUUUAUUGGAAUACAGAACUGUGUGAAAAAACAAAUUUAGAAAAUGCUAUGUUGCGAUCAAAAACAAUUAUUACUGUGCCGUUAGACAGCGAAGAAGAAAACGGUGACGUAGAAGAGGAAGAACUUAAAACAGUUAUUGGUGGUGUGCCCGAUGGAAACAAAAAGUUACAGUCUGAAAAUGAAAAAGUACAGUCGAGUCUUGCAGCACAAAAACCUUUAGAAAAACAUAUUGACAAAAAUUCCGAAAACGAAAGAGAAAAACAUACAGAAUUCAAAAUUACAGGCGGUGUUUUUGGUCCAGUUUCUAUAAAUUCGCCUAAAAAAGAAACGCAAAUCAUGGAGAAAGAUAAAGUGGCACAGUUACGAGACAAGCAAAUGGAACUGUUGCGCAAAGAAAACGAACUGUUGCAGAAAGAAAAAGAAAUUAUGCAGAGAGAAAAUGACUUUUUAAAAUUAAUGUCCAGUAACAUCGACAGAUUGCGGGCCGUAGACAAUUCUGUUCCUCUUGGUUUGGUGAGCAAUUUUGUACCGGUAUACGAUGGCAAAGCAGACGCAGCCUUUUUUAUUACACAACUUCGUGAUUUACAACAACACUGCAAACUCUCCGAUGACUUGCUGCGAGCUUUAUUUGCUUCGAAACUUGAGGGCAGACCAUUGAGUUGGCUGCAUUCACGUCGCGGUACGGCGACCGAUGACAUUACAGAAACAUUCAGUCAGUUUUGUGUCAUGUUUGGAUCAAAAAAGAGCAGAUUAGAGCUCCGCCGAAAAUUUGAGCGUCGUGUCUGGCGUCAAGAAGAGAAUUUUAUGGACUACUACAAUGGAAAAGUUGAGUUGGCAAAAAAAUUAAAAAUGGAGGAAGACGAGUUGCUGGAAUAUGUUAUUGAUGGCAUAUCAAAUACUCACCUUCGCAGACAGACAGUACUGCAACACUACAAUAACUUGGCAGAGUUAUGCAAAUCGCUGUCGACUAUAAAAUUACCGAAAGCAGUGGAUGCAGACCAUGGUGUAGCGGCUAACAAAUUUAGUGUCAGAUGCUAUAAUUGUAACAGUUUCGGGCAUUAUGCAGCUGACUGUACCAAACCGACAAGAGAACCGGGUACAUGUUAUGCCUGUGGAAUCAGCGGCCACACCGUCGGCUCUUGUGACAAAAAUAAAAAGAGAGAGACACCAAAAAAUGAAAAUAAUUAUAAAGCCUAAUUGAUACGGGUAGUUCAAUUAGCCUGAUACGAGAAGAUGCAUUGCCAGCAGGAACCAAAAUUUUUCCUUUCACUAAUACUGCCUUUCAUGGCUUGAAUUAUUCUUUGUUGAAAACGUAUGGAUAUUGCUUUUGUUUCUUGAAGUUACUAAAUAAAUGUUUUGAACUUAAAUUGCUGGUAGGUGAUAAAAUUUCUAUGAAAUACUCGGUGUUGUUGGGUCGGGAUUUUUUGGACAAAACUCAGAGCAGGUUGUUGUUUGAUGAUAAGCUUGAUUUAAAACCAAAACAAGGCAUUAUGCAAACAUUGGAGUUAGUCGACAAUUUAACACUUACCGAAUCAGAUUUAGAACAAGAACGUUUAAAGUUUGAGAACGAUAUUUUAGCAAUAGAUAUUUCAUCAAAUUAUACAGAUUUCAAUUUAAGAGUUGGUGAUGAUAUUUGCCAAGAUACGCUGACAGAAUUAAAUAUUCUCUUUAAAGAAACUUAUGUAGAUAUGGUACGUCCGGAAGUACCAGAAAUACAUUAUGAAAUGAAGUUAAUACUUGAAAACUC